UUUUAUGCUGAGGUAUGUAAAUGCAAUUAAUAUGAAAUUCAGAAAUUAAUUCUAAUAAAUAGUACUCCGUAUACGUGAGUUAGUGAGUGAGUGGGAAGUUGAACUCGACGUUGAAGAACUGCAUGGAGCAGCUCAAUCUUGCUCGGCAAGAUCAGGAGCAGAGAAUGCGUGAUGCUGUGAUGCAGACAUCUGAGGAGUUUGAGAAAUCGCACAAGAAGCUAGAGGAGAAGCUGUCUGAGACAAGAAAGCGGCUAGCAAGCCUAAAUUCUGAGAAUUCAUAUCUCAGCAAGGCUGUAGCUAUGAAAGAGAAAUUGAUUGAGGAUCUCAAUAGUGUCAAGAUUCAGACACAUGUCUUCAUCGAAUCCGGACCACUGGAAGCAGCGCAUACUAAUCCCUAUUGUGCUCGCAGGGAUUGCUGGAGGAUCUGUAGGAUUGUUGUCAAAACACAGAAAUAAUCCCAGCCUUUCAGCGAUUUUAGCUAUAUAUGCUUCGAAUUUCGCUAUCAUCGCUGGUUGUUACUGCGGUAAAGUUACUAUUUUGAUAUUCAUAGCUUUUAAUGAUCGAAUUUGAUAUUCAUAGCUUUUAAUGAUUGAAUUUGAUUAUGUUGAUUUUCGAUGGAUCGUGUAGCUUUUCCAUUUCCACUUAUGCUAUUGUUCACUGUAUUUGGUAA